GCAUCUCGUCGGCCUCCUCCCCUCAAGACUGCCCGUGUCACCCACCCCGCUACGCUCUCCAUUGGCACCUUGCGGCUCGUUGUCGAUGGUCCACUGCUUACUGUUGGGGUGUGACGCACGUAUUUCACGUCCAGUCUUGCCUUUGGCCCGAUUUCCCCAUUCCCCGCUUGCCUUUGAUGGCCGCUCGACAAGCUGCUCCUUCUCAAUCGUGGCCUCUUCCUCCCGGCAGGUCAAUCUAACGUCCACGAUGCCAUGGAGGUCUUUCUGAGCAACGUCAACGUGAGCCUCUCCGAAGACUCGCUCAAGAAGGAGCUCACGCCCUUUCUCAACGUCCUCGGCAUCGCAGACUGGACUGUGGACAAGGCGAAGCGAAAGCCACACGCGUUUCUCUCAUUUCUCAAAGCUAGCGAUGGCAAACGCUUCUUGGACCGACACGGAAAGGUCCCGGCCCCGAACCCAGCAGGCGGAGAUGGUGGGCACCACUACUAUCCUCCGCAAACGCAAACGCAGCCCCAUCACAACGGCCGCACUCGGGACAUUCCGAGGCUUUACAUCCUGUCCACGCCCAUCUUUGCCCAGCAGAGUUCUCGAAAUGUCAAAGACUUGACCCUGAGUCAUCUUCGUCAUGAGCGCGACGAGCGACAGCGCGCCCCAAACGAUGGCCACCGUGCUCCUGCCAUUGUUUGUGAUGUUGGAGAAAUCGCCUGCGGCAAAAUGGUCUUCGCCGACUUAACAUCCAACCUGACAUUUGUGCGCCAGUCCUCGUUGCGCGAGUCCGGUUAUGCCAAAUUCGGUCGCCAAUGCUUGGUGAUAACGCUCGGCGCCAACAUCCGGAUCGACGUCCCCUACGAUCUCAUCCAAGACCUCGUCGCAGACAACAGACGGCAGACCAUCACGCUAGUCCUUGAGGAGCCUCCCAGGUUCUACAAGCAGAUGGUAAACGUGUCGCUCAACUCGAUACAGACAUGGGAGCGGCAGACAACUGGCUCAUGGCCAGACCACUCCAAAUAUGUCGCUCACUGUCUGGUCUACGAGCUUACACUUACAAAGGAGUACUGGCCAACAGUUCUGAGCUUAAAAGCACAAGAUAUCUUGCCGGUGAGCCAGCAAGGUAUCACGGUGGACAUGUCGCCAAAACCGAUCGUCCACGACUAUGUGACUGCCAUGUCGUCAUUCGAAGGCAAAAUGCAAACCCUCGGAACAUCCAGAGACGUCAUCCUGCCAUUUCCAGUCUUUUUCCUGGUGCAGCAACUUGUUUGGAACAACUACCUUCAUCCCUUCAGCGGUCUUCGCGUGCUCGACAUCGUCGAGCGCACGGCCAAGGAACCCAAGUGGAAGGGUAAACUCCCGUUCACCACUGACACGAUGAAGCCGCUGUUUCAGAAAAUCCCUUACCCAGUUCCUGGUACUGAUCCCCCACAACUUGAUCCGGCGCGCUUCAUGGCCACUGUCAUCGACACCGAGCUUGAGCUUCGCAGCCAAGACCCUCUACGAUCUGGAGUCUACGGUCAACGAUUACCGCCGCACCAGGCUUGGGUAUUCAAGGCCAUGGUGACCCCAACGCGUAUUUUGCUCUCGGGCCCCGAUGCAGAGAGCAAGAACAGGGUGCUGCGGAUGUUUCCGAGUCACGGAGACCAUUUCCUGCGAGUAUCCUUCUGCGACGAAAAUGGCCAGGACCUCUCCUUCAACCCCAAAAUCUCUAACGACAUGGUUUUCCAGCGUUAUCACGAUGUUCUCCAGGACGGUAUCCGCAUCGCUGGUAGACAUUUCUCCUUCCUUGGCUUCUCCCACUCGUCGCUCCGAUCGCACUCGACGUGGUUCCUCGCCCCAUUUCUCGAUGCCAACUUCCAGCGACACGAUCACGACACGAUACUCAAGACAUUAGGUGACUUCAGUGACAUUCGAGUCGCCGCGAAAUGUGCAGCGCGGAUAGGCCAGGCGUUCUCAGAGACACCAUAUGCAGUGGACUUGUUCAAGGCCAAUAUCAAAACCCGCUAUAUUCCAGAUGUCAAGUCCGCGGAUGGCACACGCGUCUUCAGUGAUGGCGUUGGGACAAUCUCAUGGGACGCAAUGGAGGAGGUUUGGUGUGCCCUGCCAAUGCGGUCUGCAGCGCCAACCUGCUUUCAGAUCCGCUAUGGCGGCUACAAAGGCAUGUUAGCGCUGGAUGCGACGCUUCACGGUAAGGUGAUUUGCCUGCGCAAAGAGUCCAUGAUGAAGUUCCCCAGCCGCGACAUGAUGGAGCUUGGCAUUUGCGACGUGGCGUCCAGACCGCUACGUUUGGUUCUCAACCGGCAAGUCAUCAAGAUUCUCGAGGAUAUGGGUACGAGCGACGACUGGUUCCUCGCGCUGCAGAACAAGGCGCUUAAUAUGCUCCGCGCUGUCACCGCUAGCGCAACCAACACGGCCACCUUCCUGCGGUAUCAAGACGUUGGGAGCGCAGUGGGCCUUCCAUCUUUUGUCAAACAACUGGAUAAGAUGGGAAUCGACUAUCGGCGAGACAGGUUUCUCAAAUCUGUCGUUGAGCAUGUGGUUCUUCGCGAACUCCGACUGUUGAAGCACAAGGCCCGCAUCCCAGUCGAUAAAGGUGUCACCCUCUUCGGCAUCAUGGACGAGACGGGGUUCCUUGAAGAGAACGAGGUCUAUGUCACGUAUGACAAGACUUACGCCAGAAGCGGCGCUCGCAUGGACCCGACAUUGGCAGACGGACCUGUUAUUGUGACCCGUUGCCCGGCACUGCAUCCCGGCGACGUGCAGUGUGUCACAAUGGUGACGCCUCCAGAGACGCAUCCUCUGCGAAGCCUUCAGAACUGCAUCGUAUUUAGCCGGAAAGGCUCACGCGAUCUUCCCAGUCAGCUCAGCGGUGGAGACCUCGACGGAGACCUUUACAACGUCAUCUGGGACGCGAGAGCAAAGCCCAGGCGCACGUUUCCGCCGGCCGACUAUCCGAGAGUGACUCCCCCAGAGCUGGAUCGACAAGUUACCCGCGACGACAUCGCCGAAUUCUUCAUCAACUUCAUGAAGUCGGAUAUCCUGGGCUUGAUUGCCAAUCGCCAUCAGAUUCUGGCAGACGUCGAGCAUGACGGCACCAAUGACCCUAGCUGCAUCAAGCUGGCGGAGAUGCACUCGACCGCAGUCGAUUAUUCUAAAACUGGCAUUGCUGUGUCUCUCUUCGAUAUGCCCAAAGCGCCCAGAUCGCGGCCUGAUUUUCUCGCACCAGCGCCCCCAGUAAAAGUAUAUGACCUUGGUGAGAUCAGCCACAUACUGGAUCACGCGGACGGCGACGAUGAUGGUGAAGACGGCAUGGGUCGGAUUCGGCACCGGUUCCACCGCUCCGAGAAGAUCCUCGGACGCCUUUAUCGCGAUGUCGACGAGAAGAAGAUAUGGAAUGAACACAUUCACCGCAAAAUUGCCAUGGACGGCCCUUCAGUUUGGGACCAGCUCAUGGGACGAGUGCAAGCCGAACUAUACUCGUACGGAAUCAAGACGGCGUACACGCAGUACUCGGAGCAAGCUUGGAAGAUCCGCAACCUGUACGAGGAUGCCAUGUCGGAAAACAUGUGGCACUAUUCGGAUAAUCCCCGUACAUGCAUUUCGGAAGCCGAGGUCUUUUGUGGCUCGGUUUUAAACAAGGCAGGAACGCAGACGCGACAGCAGCGAGAGGCGUCUAUUCGGCUCAAGGACGAGACAGACCGGGUGAUGACGUGGAUCGCCAAGCUGAUUCGCGACCCUAGCCGCGUCACGGGUACGGAGACGGCAAGUGAUGGCACGGUCGAUGCAAGCGACGAAGACGACGGGUACGAGGCGAUCCAGCUGUCGUGGGCAUGCCUGGUCGUCGGCUGCAUCAACGAUGUCAACGAGGCUCACCCGUCUUAUCGCGGCACCGGGGAGCUCGAGAGCUUUCGCGUCGUCGCGGCGACUUGCUUACUUAAAGAGCUGAAUGGCCUCAGCGUCAAUGGUCUUGCCAGGGGGACUUUGGCGGUUCGGGACCGGCAAGCCAUAUCGCGAGCUUUUACAGGCGCAUUUUUUGGCGGGCCGCUGGCCCAGGAGAAGGUUGCCACUGCCCUCCUGGUGAAGGACCUCGAGAAAGUCAGCCUCGACUAGGCACCCAGAAGGGUCUGACAUGCCAAACAAUGUCUAAGGAAAGUUUACGGCGGCGCGAUGUAUAUUCAAUACCAUGCAACAGGACAACAGCAGUCGGCUGCGAACCUGGCAUAUCCUGAUCCAAGUGAAGUGUAGGAUGAAUCAUUAAGUCAUGUAGAGUACGGGUGAUACUAGUCAUCGCCGUGGUAAUGGGCGCAGCUAGCACAGACGCCAUGAAGUGGCUUGGCUGGAUGGCCU